GGGACCUUUUCCCGUUUAAUCUAGAUCGGAAUCGUUGUCCGCAUCGUCCGGGAUCAUUGCCCGCAUCUCAUUUCCACUCCGUUUCUCCGCCAUCCUAACCCCACUCGGACGAUUCAACGUUGUUGGCCAUGAUCCUUCAUCAGCGCUGGCGCGAGCAAUGUCGAACGAGCAGGAAUAGCUCUCUCGCACUUUCUCCCAACCGUCUCGGAAGGAGGCACAAGUCCCAGCAGUAUGCCCAAUGCCCUCUUCACCAUGCCAUAUCUGUAGCCCGCCGCUCUGAUUGCGCCCCAUAGCGAAUACCCCAUCUAUCCAACAUCCUCCUACGCUUUACAAUCGGCCUACGCUCGCGCCGCUGCGACGGCAUGAGUUGGUUCUUCCGGGGUGUUCAAUCCGCCAUCUUCCACUAUCUUUCCUGUGUACCUUGCGGAGAACUAGCCCGACAGCAUGCUCGGCGGAACAAGCGGAAGAGGGCGAGGAAGGUCUAUGAGGAGCACAGCAAAGUGACCUCUGCUGAACAAGUCUAUGAGCACCCUCCUCCCACGGGCAUCAACCCCUACUGGGCGGAGGAAAUCGCCCUGGGUCCGGGACCUCCACCACGACGCAAAAAGCGAUCCAAUACAACCAACAGCAGUCAGAGAGACCCUCGUAGUGCUCUGGUCAGCCAAGCCGGCAGCAGUAUUGAUGCUCAGUCUGGAAGCAGUCUCGACGUCCGCCGAAUGCCGCGAGAUCGACAGUUCAGCGACGACAAGCUCGGCGACGAGAAUUGGAACCGCAGGCGUUAUCAACGGGAAGAUGAAGACCUCUGGGGAACCGCAAAGCCUCCCAGUCCCUCCAAGUCAGGAAUUCCACGAGGAUCUUCAGUUGGGCUCGGCGGCUCCACCAGGCCAGACACUUCCAAGUCAUCAUCGACUCAAUACGGUCCUGAGCCAACACCGAAGCAACACGAAGUCCUUUGCCCUGUUGUCGACCUACCUUAUCUACAGUCACUUCAGUCUUCAGAUACGCACUGGAUGCUGCAACCACCGCCCAAAGCGAGCAUCAUGAGUGGGAAAGAACGCCCUAACCGCAGUACCAGUCGCACUGGAAGCGCGGGCAGCAGUCGAGUAGCGCUGGGUCCGCAACGGGCAGCCAGCGAGCGACAUUUGCGACGGAAACGCGAACGCGGAGAAACUGCGGCGUCGUCUCCCACAUCGCAACCUUCUUACAACGGCCCUGCACUGCAAUCAUUUGAGGAGCUAUCCACUGCCCCGCAGAAUAGCCAGAUGUCGGCAGGUAACCUUCGGAGGAAACGACGGGAUACUGCAGUGGAUCAUGGAAGUAAUACCGAGGGCUCGUCCACGAGGUCAGCGGACACCGUUGCCCGUGAUCCGCGAACACCGAGAAUGGUAGAGCGGAAUGGCAGGCGCUCCACUUCGAUUCCUGUACGAGAUGAUUACGGCUUAGUACCGCAUCUAGACUCUCCCAUCAGUACAUCACCGGCUCAGUGCCCUGCCACGACGUCUCCAGUGCCUAGCAGCAAGGAUGUUCGCUUCCGAGGGAGCCUGCAACGGCUCUCGACCAUCAUCUCGAGCGAAUCCGACAACCCCGAAGCCAAGCAAGGCACCCAACGCAGACGCUCUUCCGCCCAGACCUCCGAAAACAUACCGACGACCAACCGUGAACCAGUUUCGCCGACGCAGUCCUCCGAUGAAUUUCCUUAUCUAAGGAAACGCGGCGCGGCGCCCAGCUCAUCCGAUCUCUCCUCGUUAAAGGUGUUGCAGGAACUCGUCCCCGUAAGAUUGAUACUCGGUUCACGCUUCGUGUCGUCGCCUCUCCCCGAAGCCCGUAUUCGACUGCCACCAGAGGAUGGCGAGGAAGCGAGAGCUCUGAAUGAGGUGGAGAUAUGGGAUGGUGCUGGGUUUGGGAUGAGCCGUUCAGGGCGAUGCAAUGCUGUGGGGGAUCCGGAUGACUACCCGGAAAACGCUGUUCGGGGAGACGAUACGAAAUCAAGCGCGCGGUUCAGGUGGAGUGUCGACUUUUGAACAAGGGCCAUGGGCGUUUCGGGGAUUGUGUGGGGAUCGGAUUCCGCUUGCUAUCGUUGAUGGAAAAGGGACCCUCACGACAUCUAUGUUGCCCGUGUUUUGCGAAGUUUGGAUUUCGCCUC